AUGCAUCGCUUGACUCAUUCAUCUCAAGCGCGGGUCAUAUCGGAGACACAACACACACCUCAAGACAUCCACACAUCUGAUCCGUUGAUUAGGACACAGACAACACAUACAGAGACGACAAACAUGUCUUACUGUCAACAGAUAGGAAAGGAUCGGAUAAUCUUCGCCACUCGAGAGGAUCACUCGACGCCGUCGACUGUGGUGUUGGCCGAAGAGACUCCGGACGAGUCGAUGCGUGGCCUCAUUCUGACGAACGGUGACAUCAACUGGAACUGCCCGUGUCUGGGGGGCAUGUCUUCGGGCCCGUGUGGCUAUCAGUUCCGCGAGGCGUUCAGUUGUUUUCAUUACUCCCAGUCGGAGACCAAAGGCCAGGAAUGUAUGGAGAAGUUUCCCCAAGAGAGGUUGCAC